AUUUCAGGUUCGUUUGGGCCUGUGAGAGUGUUUCCUUUCGGAAUGGUAAUCUAAUUAAUUUCUACGUUUCUAAAGUUGCCUGCAUUUGGUGAAAGGCAAUGUUUCCAAAUCUGUUGAAGGGUUGGAACAGGAUUUAUCAUAAGGCUAUUCAGAUGCGCGAAGAUGCCGUUUCGAUAGAUUGCUUGAACUUAUUGAAGGUUACACUUGUUUAGUCUCGCUUCGAGCUUAAUCGUGGUUAAAAUUUCUGUUUGACAUGCAACACUGAGUACAAAAUGGCCAAUUUUGAAGAGGGAGACUUUAGUUUCCCUCGGUUCUUUUCGCAAGAUCGCAGCGAAAUGAAAAAUCAGCCCAGGCGGGCUAAACGAAUGUUGAAAGGUGCCGGGGGAUCAGAUGCCGCGGACGCUGACAUGUCUGCAGAUUAUCCAGAUCCAAACCGUGCCCCUAAAGGCAGCGGCGGAAAAGGGGGCGGCAAAGGCGGUGGCGCCCAGAAAGCCGAAAAUCAAGCCGGCAAGGGUAAAGAAGGCGGCAAAGGGAAGGGGAAAGGCAAAGGCAAGCGUCGACGUGGUAAGGGCAAGAAGGGCAAAGGCGGUGAAGGCGACUACGACUACAUGGGUGAAGACGACAACACGAGUCUUCCGAUGAAAAUCAUUGACCGAAUGCAGGACAUGAACGUGAUCGGAGGUCAGUUCAUUGGGUCGAUCGGCCGAUCGAUUGAAGAAACCUCGCCGAACGCCGUCGUGGAUAAUGUUUCCUUGAUGGACUUGCCUGAUGGUGUUGUUUUAACGGUUUUCCUCGUGAUAUUUUUGACCCUAUUCGGAUUUCUCAACAUGUACGUGCAAAAAAUUGCGAUGUAUUUCUUGCGCAAGUGGAUUUUGCGAAUGGAUCCGUAUGAAGCGUUCGAAUCCAAACCACCGGAUUGCUCAGAUGCCAGUGUGCCUAUUUUUCACAAGGUCCUCUUCUUUCCUGACCAAGACGACCGAUUCGCCGCCACAGUUGGCGAAUCUCCGAAAAAUGUGGACGUCAAGAAAAGUCAAGUUUACAGGAUCCUGCAGAAGUCCUUGCUGAAAGCCAAGUCAAAUAUUUCUGGCUGUCUUUUCGUGUUCACUUGCCGUGAGUUGGCAGAGUUGCUGGUGUGGGCUCGUCAGGAGCUGAAGCUCGGGGUGUCGAUCGUGACUGACGAAGAGAUGGCGAGACUGCCGACUUCUCUCAUUGGAAUGCUUGCUGACGCUGGCGUGUCCAUCAAAGUAAUGCGGUCGAACGUGUUGUUGCAUCAUCACUUCAUUGUCAUCGACGGACGUUUGUUGUUCAACGGGUCUUUCAAUUGGACGAAACAAGCUGUAGGCUUCAACUUCGAAACAAUGAUGAUCACUAACGAUCCGAAGAUAGUUCUUCCGUACAGUUAUCACUUCACGAAAUUGAACUCCAAAUCGAUAAGCUGGAAUUACCAGCCGGAAGAGGAGUUUGUACCGUUUGUGGGCGAACGUCCGAUUUGCGCUGACUAUUUGCCGAACCUUACGUCCGUUAGCUGAAUUUUUUGUUCCUUAUGUUUUGUUCAUCCUCUAGUCCGGAUUAAAUUAUUUACACGCUUUCUA